UUAUUUCAAAUUUUAAGUGCUGCUGAUAUAAGCAGCCAGCAGGUAAAGUUUGAAAGAAAAUCUGUUGUGAGUAUUACCUAACAGAAGGUUGUCUCGUCUCCAGGCUCCCCUCAAACAAGCCCACCCUGAAUAAGGAAGUACUUUUCCGCUUCCGCCAUCAAUAGACUAGCUGACAGCCUAUCUAGUUACCUGAAGAAUAUUAAACAUGGCUCAAAGCAAGCAACAAAGCGGCGGUAUAAAUAUUUCUAUGUGUAAAAUCAAAAAGGAAGUCGCCGGAAAUCAUCUAGUGACAACUGGAAGUGCAUGCGUUUUAAGAUGGCCUUGGGAAAUCGAGUUUGCUUCUUCCAAAACACAAGGAAAGAACCGGACGUUUGUAGUCACAACCAGUGAGGUUUUCAGCCAGCGUGAUUCAAACUCAGAAACAGCUUGGAGAGCUGACUUCCUACCCUUGACUAGGUGGAGUAGAAGUGAAAAGUUUAGUCUAAAUGGUGUUACGGUCCACGAGGUUCCUGUGCCAAGUCAAAAACACGCUAUCACGCUAACUUUCAUUCCAACAGAGACAUUGCACAAUCAGAAGACAAUGUCAAAGUGGCGCACUGAUCAAUUAAAAACAUCUCGUUCCAAGCUCUGCCAUCACAAAGACGAGACAUGCAAUGAAGCAGCUGAUAGGAAACAGCUUCUUUGUUUCGUACUAUUGGAAACAACGUUGGAAGACGACAAAUUUUCACUUCGUUGUUACGUGCUUUGCAGGAAUGAAAGCGGGUCAUAUUUCCUGCACGAUCAUGGCAACAAGGCGGAAAUCAGAACGCUAAAAGAUUUCCAUUCUAGUGAAAAACCGAGGGGAUCGGUAAUUUUAAACGAGAGUGGGCAUGUUGUGGGAUUAUUGGCGUUUGGUGACAUAGACGAGAUUCUGCCACUGUUCUUUGCACAGAACAUGCAGGGUGAUGACCCAUCAACCCAUGUUGAGAGCAACACAAACAAAGCCCCAAGUCAAGAAUGUUCUGGCAGUGAUGGUCAUGAUAUGCAGAGUGAUGCAAACCAGAAUGCUGAGAAACAAUUUCCCUUUAACAACAAUGGUCGGUUGAAGUUAAAAAGAGAACAUGAAGGAGCUUCUGAUGAGUCUUCAAGACACAGUAUAACAACAUCUGAUGGUUCAGAAACUGGUUUGCAGUCAGGCAUUGGAGAUCCAGAUUCAGGCUUGCAGGGAUUUGAGAUUAAUCAACAAAUGCGUGGUAACAAACAUCAACCACAGGAGUUGUCAUUUCGCUCAAUUGUGCCACAAACAAUGGAAGGCACUGGUGUUGUUGAAGAGGAAUUAAGACAUCCAUUGCAAUGUCAGACAGAAGGAACAUUAACUCAUCCUGUCAGUGGAGUAUCAAGAAGGUCUCAUAGUACCAUGACACCAAGGCCACAGAGAAGCCAAAGGGAGCUUUCAGAAAUACCUCUGAAAUCAGAUACCGGGGUUGAAGAUGUAAUCUUGCACAAAGUCUAUCUAAUGGAUGCAAUUAGCCGUCAUUUGGAUAUGUCUUGCAAAGGCAUUCAAAACUGGAGCCAUUUGGCCAGUCUUCAUGAUGUGUCUGUCUACCUGCGGUUGAAAUGCCAAACAGGGGAACAUCAUUCCAGGUCUGAGAAAAUGUUUGAUCUGUUAUCAGCGGAAGAUCCUGACCUCCUCAUUGGAACUCUGAAACAACACCUCAGAGAUCUGAAAAUAAAUAAUGUGGAGCAUUACAUAAAAGAACUCAAUUUGAGAGAUGACGAGAAGGUUGCAGACUUUUUAGAAUCACCUGAUCUCAUCCCAGGCAGACUACUUAUCAUGUUAGAUCUUCUACCAGAAGAAACCUGGAAAGAUCUUGGAGAUAAACUGGGUGUUAAUCGUGAAAAACUCAAGCACAUCAAGACUGAUUGUGCAAAUCAACAAGAAAAUCCUGCAAGCCAUGUAAUCAACAUCAUUUACAGAUCACAGCCGACAAUGCCCGUUGCAAAGUUUGAGGAACACUUGACCAAUAUAGGACGGUCUGACGUGGCAAAAAAAUUAGACAAAAUAUCAGGAAAGGGGACGAUUUAUGACCUGUACAAAGACUUGGAUUUGAUGCGAGAUGUCACAAGCAUGCUCAAUGGAGCAGAUAAUUCCCAGAUAAAAAACUACAAAGAUCUAGCGGAUAUUUGUGGUAUUACCAUUGACGAGUACGAGAGCCUUCAACCGCCAUCUGCUGAGAGCCCUACUAAAGAAGUUCUAGACGACAUCGUAAGGCGUAAACCAACAUUUACCGUGGAGGAACUGAUCACAAAUUUUUGCGACAUGAAACGCGUGGAUGUUAUAGAGGCUAUUAGCCCCUAUUUUGUAGAGGAAGACAUGAGAGCCAUAAAGAAGAAACUGAAGCUAAUUUAGGUGCCGCUGUACGCUUUUAAUGUUCGAUAAUGUGAGGGAGGUUAUAAUUUAGCUCUUGGGUACCCGCCAGGGCCCAUACACUUUGAGGGAGGGUAUAUCGAAUUUAGGUCUCAGGUACCCGCCAGGGUUCGUGCACUUUGAAAGAGGGUAUACUUUAGGUCUCAGGUGCCCGCCAGGGUUCAUACACUUUGAAAAAGGGUAUAAUUUAGGUCUUAGGCACCCGCCAGGGUUCAUACACUUUAGAGAGGGUAUAAGUUAGGUCUCAGGUGCCCGCCAGGGUUCAUAGACUUUGAGGGAGGGUAUAACUUAGGUCUCAGGUACCCGCCAGGGUUCAUACACUUUGAAUGAGGUUAGGAAUUGGAUUACAUGGCAAAAUGAGAUGUCGAGUCUGUCCAGGAUCAGGAAUCUUGAGAGAUAAUAGCUAUAAUCUCGGGCCACAUUUAUUAGGAAAAUUAAUAACUAACUUAACAAAUAAGGUACAAGGGAAUAAAUACUUGGUCUUCUUCCAGUGUAUUUCUCAUUGGUUGAACAAAUGGAAAUUCUAGGAAGAGGAAGGAGUCAUUCACAGUCUAUUUUAGAAUUAACAAGUGUUUUCUAGGACAAAACUACAGCAUAAAGGGCUGCUUCAGGAUUUAAGUCAACUACCAGCCGGCUUGUUUGGUUUCAAAACGUAUCAUUCUCGCUCCAUGAGGGGAGGGGCACUUCUAAGACAAACGAGCGCCAGUUGCGUAGAUCAAACAAAUUUAUAUCGUUUUUUCCCUGUUCUGUAAAUUCAGUGUCCAGCCCAGCCGGAACCACAAGAUAUAUAGAUACUCCUUUAAAAGUGGCCCAUUGUUGUGUAGUUUAUUGAUUCGAAUUGAUAGUACAUACAAAACAUUUGAUCAGAUGGUUAAAACUUAGAUAUAUUAGGUACAGCUGAUUUCUGAUUUCAAAGAGCGGAAUCUGAUAUUAUUAUUCAAAGCCUUGAUCGGAUUCUGGGCGCUUUCAAUUCGACGAAAAAUUCCGGUAUUGCCUUCUGAAAAUUUCCAGUGGCGAAUCGGGAACAGUAUUUUCCGGAAUUUCCGUAAAAGAGGACAACCUUGCUACGUAUAGUCAAAUUUGCGAAAAUUUCUUGCCGGAAAUUUCCGUUCCAGUCAAUUUUCCUCCCGGAAUUUCCAGAAUUUUCGGUUAAAUGGUUCGCAUUUCGGAAAUUUAAUAAUUCUCAUACUUUCCAGAAAUUCUCCCAGGAAAGUAUAACACAAACAGCGGCGUUAAACAUUGUACUCCAACGCAUUUUAUAAACUUGACGUUUCGUAUGCUAGAAAACAUACAUUUUCAAAAGUGACCGCGGUUUGUACUAUAUUUUAAACCUUCCAGGAAAUUUCCCUACCAUUUGGCUCCGUUUCGAAAGUUUUCGGGAGUUUUUCGUCGAAUGGAAAGUGCCCGUAAGUAGAAGAUGCGAAUUAGCCUGCUAAGCAGAUCUGUUGCCGGAGGAUUUAUCUUGCACAAUUUGCCUACGUGUGGGAAAUGCUCUGCAGGUGUUUUCUGCAGACUACUUUCUAGUCUUAUCAUCCUCGGUCACUUAUCUUGUUUUUGUUUUACGGAAACAUCUUUUUUCUCUUUCUUUCUUUUUCUUUUAAUAAACUUUUAUUUGCAUACAAUACAGCCAGUUACAUAACUUACACUACUAAUACUUACACAACUAACAUUACAAUACAUCUACGUAUACAGCUUAAAAUACAAACACAGCUACUUCACAUUGCUGGCAAUACCUAUAAGAUAUUUUACAUUUUUUCGGUCAGUACACUACAGUGCUCACACAGCCACUUUACACUAUUUAUACAAUACUGAAUAACUAGCAUUUUUUUUAACUUUCGAUACAUUUGAUGUUAUUAUUAACGGAACAAUCAUAGAUAGAAAAGAAAAAAAAAUUAAAACUAACAAAUCGUAAAUAAAAAUGAAAGACGAAGUAGAAAAAAUAGAAGUGGCACAUACCCUGAUCUGAGACAAAACGGAAACAUGGAACAUCUGGGGAAUCUCCUGUGGAGAAGAGAAACAAGGGAUUCAGCUUGUCGCAGGUUAGAGAACCAAUAGUAAUAUUCAUCAAAUCACAUAGUGCACUUUAAUAUCGCCAGAGAGAAACAGAGAAAUACAGUCGAACCCCUAUUAAGCGGCCACCCCUAUUUGGCGACCAGUUAUCAAAGUCGCAAUGAUGGCUUUUCUAUUGUUUUUACUUCUAUUAAGCGGCCAGGGGCCCAUUUCUCGAAAGCCCCGGAAACCUUUCGGGUCCGUAAAGCCAUUUUUAGUCCAUCUGUAUCUAAAAACGGAGAAGUGUUUACGCCUGAAACUUAUUGUAUGGAGGUAACUUCUCUUCAUAUUAAGAAUAUGUGAAUAAAACAGCUCUGUAAUCGUAAGAUUCGAGAGUUUGCUAUGGUUGCACGGGCCCGAGAAGUUUCCGGGGCUUUCGAGAAACGGGCCCCAGCCGCCUUUAUUAAAGCGGCAACUAUCCAUUUCCCCGAGGGUGGCCGUUUAAUAGGGGUUCGACUGUAGAUCUUUUUUUUUGUCGACUUCAAGCAAAUGGAAAAUGUUAUAUACUACACUUAAUAAUGCGGGAAGGUUGUCUUCAGGUAAAUCCGAGCGUUCUGAUUGGUUCCUUCUUGUUUGGGAUUUUGCCGUGCGGACCGUUUCAAUUCUCUAGGACGACCCUUGCGCUCGGUUAGUAAGAGAUUAGUAUUACACAAAUACAUUCUUAAUUGUAUCGUAUAAUAUUUUUUAUUUGCUUCGGUUGGCCUUCCAGUUGGCCAACUGGUUAGCCUCCGGCCGGUUGGGAUUUUUAUCAAGUUUCUGUUUUAAGGGAAAAUGUUUGUUUGCAGUGUAAAAUACCCUGACACGUAUUAGAAAAUAAAGUGAUUUUAUAACGAUU